AAAGCCCGGAGCUCAACCUCGGUAUCCUCAAAUAGUCCACCGUCAUCGGCGCAUAAUAUUCGCCAAAAUUCAUUCGGAAACUGAUUCUUUUUCCCCCCCGUAUAAAGGAGUGAUAUUUGAUGUUCUUCGGUUAGUUUUCAUAGGUGAAAGAACUUGUCUCCGAGAGAUGGGAAAAAAUAUGUCAAACUUUUAGAUUGGAUUAAGAGUGACCGUGCAUGUGGUUUGUUGCUCACGCGUGACUAACAGGAGUCACAGCACACACGGUUGGAGAAAAAGACCUUACGAACCAGUCUGCACUCAAAAGCCCCGAAUUUUAUUAACGUAAGAUUGAUGAUAUCGAACCAGAGCAGUGUCCAGGAGAAAAGUGGCAUUGCUUGCGGGAGAAAUCGCGAAAGGACAAGUGAAAGUGUUGGCCUCUCGCGCCUGGAAUGUAAGGAUACACGGCCGACCUCUGACAUGACAACCAGUGUCAUUCCUCUUCAUACCAGUACUCGACCCACCGUCACGGCGCAGCGACCCCACACGCUAAACUUGGUCAACCGAAGCCAUUGCCGAGCGGGGUGGAAGGGCGGGACUUGGCCCCCCCUGCCGCCAUUGCCCCACCACCACUGUAGCAACAGCAGCUACAACAGCAAUAUCAACAUAAUCAACAACAACAACAACAAUAAUAACAAUAACAACAGCCACCAUUUUAACAACAAUCACACGAGCCUUUUAUCCUCCACCUUACACCCAAUGGCAUCUAUGGCUCAGCCGCUCUCAACACAGACCACUUCCGUGGACAGCAUAGGUUCCUGCUCGCUGGAUGUUAAUGCCACGGGCACUACCUCGCCAGCGACAUUGGGUGAGUAUGUGCUCAGCUUGUGACUGCCUGCUUGUUUU